AUGAACUCUUCUUAUAUUGAAAUUAAUAAUUUAGAAAGUCAACUUACAGUACAUUUAAGUGGUAAUAAGACAACUUUAGAUGUUAAUAGAAACAUUAAGAUUAUAUUUAAAGAAACAGAUCAAACACUUUUCUCAUUUACCGCUACACCCAAUGAUAACUGUCAAAUUUCAUUCGAAUACAUCGAAAAUGACUUUACAAUAAAUUUAGAAAAUUUAGAUCCUAAAAAUUUUAGUGUGGCAGAAGGCAUUUUAACGAUUACUUUUUUGUAUACAAAAAAUACUAAAAUAAUUUUUUGUAACAGUAGAACUUAUAAAAAUAGACUUUUAGUUGGUGCUAAUUCACAUAAUUUAGUUCUAAAUCGUCAUAUGACAGAUGAUACUACUGUUUUGUCUGACCUUGUAGAGGCAGAUGGUACUGUUGACUAUAAAUUUUUAACUAAUUCAGAUUCUUUAUUCGUAUUGGAUAAUAAAUAUAGACUACAAAUUAUUGAACCUAACAAAUUUACAAAAGAGUUCAGAGCAGAUACCGUUACAUUACUCAUUAAACCAGAUAGAAAGAGUAAAUAUGAAAAUCUUUUUUAUUUCUGGAUUGGUGUUAUCAUUUUACUACUUUUCUUCCUUCUUUUUGUUAUUCCUUCAUUCUGGCUUUUAACUAAGGUUGUUAUAUGGUGCUUGAUAAUUGUAACUGUUGCAUUUGCCUUGAAAGUGGUUGUAGAAAUUUUUAAAUAA